CAAAACCACACAAAACACAAACGUGAUUUAGCCAUGAAAACUGUAACAUUAACACCUUGCUCUUCUUCUUCUGUGAAAUCAAGCACCACCGUCACUGCCAUGGAAGAGCACCAAGCGGAAAACGCAGAUAGCUGUUACUACCCUGGAUGCAGAAAAGACGCUAAUUGUAAUUGUGAAAUUUGCUUAGCCAGCAUCAAUGCCACUCUUGACCUCAUGCCUUUCAGCGUUCAAAAGAGCUCCCUCACCAAACUCUCCACUUCUCGUCCUAAGGAUGUAGAGACAACUCCAAUCUCCUUUGAUCCUUCUAUUGUGACAACACCCAGAUCCAGUUCUUUCAAUAUAAUGGACUCUCCUGCUCUUAAAUCAACCGCAAGAUUGAGUGUUAGGGCUUCGGAAAAGAGAAAGAAUGAGAAGGGUUUUGGUUUUCAGGGUGUUUUUUUAACUUUGGUUUUGGUUUUGAACUUGUUACUUGCCGUUGAAUUUGGGUUUUCUUGGAUGGUGUCUGGAGUUUUGAGGCCUGUAUUGUCUCCGGAUAUUGUGAGGAGUGUUGGUGAAAGGUCUUGUGUUGUUAAUGACUUGAAUGAGAGACUGAGGUUCUUAACAAGUGAGUUAGAGGGAAUUGUUCAUAGCAAGGUCUCAAAUUGCAGCUACAAUGAUUCUAAAUGGGAAAUUAAUCAGGAUGGUUUACUCUUGAAUUCACGAUGUGUAUUGUAUAAAUCUGCAACCGAAGAGGUAAGCAUAUGGGGGUGGCCUUUGCAGACUGCAGGGUUGCUCACAGCCGGAUUUUCUUCUCGGUCUUUCUCCAUAUUAUCUGGUAGAGUCACUGAGUGGCCCAAUGGAGAUAUUGGCUUUUCGAUUAGAAAGGUGAACACUUCAUGGGUGCAGAAGAAAUGGGGAGCUUCAGUUAUGCAGCUAGAUCCUAACACAUGGAUUCUGGAGUACAGGCAGAGCUUGAUAUUGGAGAACUCAAGAUUGUUUUCAGUUACAAUGGAACUCUUGAAAUCCUGUAUUUUAAGUGGGAUAAGAAGGAUGAAUGAAAAGCUUUGCCUGUUUUCUUCUAUUUGGAACCAGUACAGAAGAUUUACUGCACGAGAACAUCUCCAGAUACCAACUUAAGAGCAUCAGAAGCGCACUGAAUCUGCAGACAUCCAAUUCUCAUUUCUUGUGAGAAGAAGUACAAUCAUUGUCAUUUUGUUUUACAUAUUGUAGGUCUUUUGAGAACCAUUAAAUUCAAUCUUCAGUUAGCUUUCUUAUAUGUAGUUUCAGUAACUAGGUGCUUUAAGCAAAGAUAUGAUUUGAAGUUCCCUGUGAUCUCCUGAAGUUCGUGAGGGACCUUAAAAAUCACAAAAAAGCCAACAUGGUGACAAAGCUCUUUUUUGCAAUCGAAUUUGCUGCACAAUUUGCUUUCCGGUAGAAUGUUGAAUAUUAAGAGAAUAUGUUGCAAAACUAAUCUAGUUUUGCAAUUUGACUCCGAGGGGAAGAAA